ACUCAAAUUUUAGUUUUGACUGGGCAAAACUUAAAUUUAAUAUUAUAAUUUGAGUUUUGCCUGAAUAUAAUUAUAUUAUUUAUAAAUUAAAUUUUGACAUCAUCUAAGAAUGUUCCUGACUUCAGUCAGGUGACAGUCUGCUAUUACGUGUUUCAAAGGGAGGAGAAGAGACUGAUAGGUCAUUUUCCAAAAACCAAGUACAAUGGAAAGUAAUAGAACAACAAAUAAACCUUAUAUUAUGUAUUUAAUUUUCGCUUUGGUUGAAAUUUAAAGUCACAGAGUGCAGUUUGUCUUUAUUUUGUAGAUAUAAAUGUCGUUGGUAUGACUGAAAACGUACUUUUUUUGCUGUUAUUGCAGCAGUGAACUUGACGACAUGAAUAAGUCAUAGGUCAUUGUACAUAACAAGGAUUAUCAGUCUUUGUGAUGGAUAAUAGUAAAGAGAGAAAACAUCGACUAAAUUUCUUAUAUUAAAAAUGUCUUCUUCAAUUGAAAGUAUUACUAUGUUUUCUGCUGUAACUACUGUCUCUACCGUUUCUCCAGAUAGUACUGAAAAAGGUUUUUAUGAUGAGUUAGAAAAACAUCUCUGCUGUUUACAGCAAAAAUAUCAGCAGAAAUCAGUUAUUAAAAAAGAAACUUAUGAUAAUAUCCUCAAAGCAUUAUUACUCGAAAAAGGUAAGACUUUGGAUUCUGUUUCUUCAAAUUUUGUUUUCUGGGCCAGGAAAAGUUUGUUUUGGUGAAAUUCGCUGGAGUCGAUCUUCUUUGUUGUUUGAAGACGAAAAAGCCUGUGUGUGUAUGUGAAUCGCUGUUCAAUAUUUCAAGUGAAUCUCAUGCGAGUGUAUCGCAUGGUGGGAGAGAUAAAACGCUAGCUGAAGUGAACUCCCAUUAUUCCUGGGUACCAAGGUUUGCUGUGGAAAUAUUUUUAAAACUUUGUAUUGCCCGUUAGGUGCGUAAACCAGUUAAACAGCCCUUUGUAUCAAAGCCCAUUAUAUCAUUGGGUGUAACGGCAAGACUACAAAUAGAUUUGAUUGACAUGCGUACACGUCCAGAUGCAAUUUCAAGUGAUGCUGCUUUCCAGUGGAUUCUGAAUUGUAUCGAUCAUUUUCCAAAGUUUUCUUGGGCUUUUGCUUUAAAAAAUAAAUCAGCCGUUGAAGUAGCGAAAUGUCUGGAUGAAGAACAACUCCCAACGCCUAUUGAAGAUAGUCUUGAUCAGACGAAUGUUGGAGAUAGCAACACAAAUUCACCAGCUAUUAUCGAAAACGAGCCUUAUGCGUUGUAUCCAGAUGAUCCACAGUUAGAUGAUGAUGCUACUUCUGUUGCUGCAUGUCUUCUCGGCCUUUCAUUUACCUCUGUUUGCACUGUUCCUGUUCUUAAUCCUUCAUUUUUCAUUGAUAAUCUCAUUUCUUUUGAUUCUCCACCUUCAAAAAAUGUUUCACAUGUUUUGUUGGCACCACCUUCUGUAAUAGUUUUAGAUAAUUUUGUUCGUGGUUUUGAUGUUCUUGAUGAUCUAAAUUCUAUUGCAGCCUGA